AUGUCCUUGCAAUACGCAAACACAGGGCGGAGACGUGCUGGUACGAUCGAGUCAUCGCACUUUGGCCAGGUAGCAGCAUCACAGCAAACACGGCCGUUGUCUGCAGUGACGCUCAAGCAUCGCUCAGAGGUGAAUCCGAGCAUAGCAGUCACACACAGCACCGGAAGGCUCGAUAGCCCGGUCGAGCGUCUGCCCUUCAAUUCUCGACCGCAGCUACCCGGGGAUCACUUCCUGGUCCCAGCCACUCCCAGCUCGACGACCUCUCAUCCAUCUGCGGGCCUCGCGUCGGCCACUUCGCCGAGACCCAAGCAAGGCAUUGAGAGCAGUAACAACAACAAGCUGUUGCUGCGCGAGCGAAGUGCUACGGCAUCGCGUUUAGUGCCCACGGUAGUCGCUGUGAAUCCUGCGGAGCAAAGACUUGAAUUGUCAGUGAACGGUAAUCCCAAUCUUCUCACGCACGCCGCCAGCCUAGGCGAGAGCGGUCUCAUCAUGCAGACGCGCCACGCUGACGAAGGCGCAGCUUGGGAGGCGCGCAAACGCAGGAAUGAAGACGAUGUUCGGUUCGUGUCUCCGCGAAGCUCGCACGCCGCGCUUCGUGCGUCGCCACAAACCCGCACGGCCGCUCUGCGCGAGGAGAGCCGGCCCUUGCCACCGCGAAUGCUUUCGGGUGCCACCGCUUCGCCGGGUGGAUAUGGUGCUUCGCCUCACAAUGGACACGCUUCUCCCCACAUGCAACUGCCAAGCUUCAAUCAUCUCGCCUCAGGCGGGCCGGACGAUCCUGUGAACGGCAAGAGGAGGAGAGUCACAGUCUCUAGGCAGGACGAAGAAGCGAGAGCCCGAGACGCCUACGACUACGUCGAUGAAGAUGAGGAAGCGUAUCGUGCUGCCGCUCGAGCAAGGCGUGGGCCGGAACGUGACGGGGCAGCUCACUACUCUCCAGAAUCUCGCCACUACGCUGCUGGCCCUCCACAAAACGGACCAGUCCCAACUUCGGCCGAAGCCGAGCAGUACGAGGGUGUUGUGCCUCUCAGUCGUCGGCGUGGUGACUUGGCCCAUGCGAAGGCUAGCCGAUUGCAUAUUGACGUUGGGAACAGCGGAAGCCCCACCGCCGCUGAUCUCCCAUCAUCGGGCAGUCGACGAACAAAUGCCCCCACACCCGUUGCGCGCUCGGCGCCAGCGCACAAGAUCAGCUUUGAUGGCGAGCCGGGUCUCUCCUCUCGUCAUCCGGGCGCCCACCAAAGCCCUUCAGGAGCCGGCAUGGCUCAAGCACCCAUCGGCCGACGAGUCGAGUACGAGAUUGAUGAGCGUUAUGCUGGCGCUUCGCCUCCGCAGCGAGGAUUGGCUCCACGUCCCGAGCCUGCUGGAUCCCAACGAUCAGCUAUGGGCCAUGGGUAUGCAGCUCCCUUAGCAUCAGCUCGUUUUGUUCCUCAGACUGCCACGCUGCCAUCUCCUGCAUAUCAUACGACUGCUUUCAUGCGAGGUGGAGGCCCACCAGGUGCACCGCCCGGAGGCGGUGCAGCGCCACCCCGUACAGCAGGCUUGCCUCAGCCGCCGCCCACGGCCCGGCUGCCAGAGCAUCUGCGCUCACCUCCCAGCAGCAAAACUCAGUUCUUGGCUCUCUUCUCGAACUUUUACGAUUCCCUUACCGACUCGCGCACUCUCAAGGCUACCCUCGAGGAUCAGGUGAGGCGUUCAAAUACGCUCCUGCAGACUUUGCAGCGCUCUAGUCGUGUCUUGGAUGCCACCGUUGAUAGGCGCAUUAAAGAGGAGCGCGGGAUGUGGGAGACUCGUGUCCACACGCUCGAGGACAGAGUGCGCGAGCUGGAGGGCAAGCUCGGGAUCGCCUCGGACGAGCCAGCAUCGCAGCGAGGACCUCCUGCAGCCGAGAUUCGGCGUGCCGAAGCAAGCACGGAGGUCACCACAGACCCCAACGCACCCGUGCCCGCUGGAGCGAGAAAAGUUGGAGGGGCUUCGAAUAAGAGUAAGAAAGAGAAUGCAGCGAAAGCCAAGGCGAAGGAGGAGGAGGAAGUCAAGAAGCAGCUCGAUGCCGCAGAGGCUAGUGAGCCGGCCGAAGAUGCGGAGGAAGGUGAUGAGCUGCAGUCAUCCCGCGGCGAAGGCGAGUAA